CACAACCAUAUCAUGAUAUUGAUCAAUAUCAGAUUAUUGUAACCAGCACCACGAAGCCAAGGAUAUUUAUUCCCUGUUCCUUCAAAGCUUACGGGAAUAGCCGAUAGGUUAGCUUCGCUGCUCUUAUCGCGAUAACAAUACCGAGCGACCACAACUCCCACUGGUCAAACGCCUCUCAUCUCAGUAUAACAGUGCGAUACUUUAGUUGCGCGAAAGACUAUCAACAGUUUCAUUGCAAAUUUAAACGGUUUAUUCGUCCUACGCGACGACAUUCAGAGACACUCGGAUAUUGACCAAGGGACUCGGAGAGGGACUCGGAGAGGGAAUAGACGAGAAGAAGAAGGAGAGGGUCGUGGGCUUGCUUGUCAUCGCCAACAGGAUCCUCAUCCUUUGUCGGUCGUAUGUGCGGCGUUAUUUCGAGAUUGGCAUUGAGUGUCAAGCUCGGCUGGUUGAUGUGGUGAGUACUUGAUAGAUUUAUAGUGGAUGUUCUCGGCUUUCAUAAUUCACAUGUACUGGGUGUUUGUACGAGAAUGGGGUUGUUAAUACAAUAAAUAUUAGAUCUCAUGAAAUACAACUCACCACGCUUCGACCUCGAGAAUUACUUGGAAAUUUGAGACGACGACAUUCUGCCAUUCUUCCUACCUGCAUAGCGAAGAUCGGUCUUUGUGGAUGGAGUUAGGAGGAGUUUAUGCGAAGGUCUUAUUGCAUCGGACAUUACUCCCGUUCUCCUACUUUUCGCUACGGUCUUAGAAUCCGCAAUUUUAACGACACAUUUAUUCACAAAUAAUACAAUAUCUGAAGGUAUAUACGAUCCCGGGCUAAUAUAAAACUACUUUCCGCACUGUCGUCUUACUCGCCCUGAUCAACAGCUUUGUCAAGGUCCGGCGAAGAUGGAUGAGCAGUGGGAUCCUUCUGUAGGGGGCCGUUCCAAUCUCUCCGGUCCUCCCACAUCAGGGACUCAACCAAUCAAGAGUCCCAGUCGUUUUCCGCGUUCUCACUUCUAUACGGAAGGUAGUGACUCAGGCGAGGACUCGCACAUGUUAGGAUUUAUGGGCCCUUCUUCUUCCGAAGAUAACUUCAAUAGUCAGGUAAUGGUUGAGCCGGGCGAGGAAUCUGAGGCCGGAAUUGCAUCACGAGUGAACUUAAGGAGCAGUCGACAGACUGAAAUAGAAGGAGAUGCAGAAGCAUCAGAACUGACUAUGGAUGACCAGGCAACCGUUCAAAUGACUCGAGGAAGUCAUGGUUCCAAUUCCAGUGAGGGGGCUUCGGUUAGCAGUGUUAGACAAAGACAAAACUCGAGUCGUGGAAAAGCCCCUGUAAGGGAAAACAGCUCAGGUCACAGUAUUUCCACCGUUGGCUAUCAAGCAGACAUGUCAACCACGCUGGAUAGAGUUCUAAGCUCGGCUAGCUCUUCUCGGCGUAACACUGCGUCAUCUAGGUUUGAUCGCAGACCUUCAUAUCAAUCAUCAUCAUCGAGGCGACCCUCAACUCAAUCUUUCCCGAGCAGACGUACAUCAUCCUCCACAAAUUCUCUCGCAGAGCAGCCGACAAGAAGCUCAGCUAGUCCUGCGAGUUCAUCUUCAGAUGAUGAGGGCACACGCACUAUAUCCCGGUCCUCCUCAGGUGUUACACAGCGACAGACGCGAGAUCGAGAACCUAUACGGAGCGAGGUCAUAGUCCCCAGGUGGCAACCGGAUUCGGAGGUUACCCAAUGUCCUAUUUGCCAUACUUCGUUUGGCUGGCUAAACAGGAAGCAUCACUGUCGGUAUGUGAAUUAAACUCUUACUACAUUGGCUAGGCCCCUUUCUGAUUCACCAUAUUAAUUUGUUUAGAAAAUGCGGCCGUGUGGUCUGCAAUUCUUGUUCCCCGCACCGGAUCACAAUUCCCUAUCAGUACAUCGUGCAACCUCCAGAUCAUCCCGCUCCAUACAAUUCUGUCGCUUAUAAUCGCCUUCACGAUCCACAGGGUGAAGGACGCACGAAUACUUUAGAGUUUGGUGGAGGAGAUAGAGUUCGCCUGUGUAACCCUUGUGUACCGGAUCCUAAUGUAGCUCCUCCUCAAACUAACCAGACCGGCUCUGUUACGGAGCCUCGACCCAACCUUGGCUAUCACGGUCGAACACAAAGUUCUACUGUUCCCAGCUUUGUGUUCGACCGUGAUAGCCAAGGGUUUCGACUUGUGGACCAUCGAUCACAUACCGUCCGUGAGCAUAGUAGUCGGUACUCGUCGGCUGGGAUGAAUCCUAAUCGUAGAACAGCAGAAGAAUUUCAGAAUUGGUACAGGGAGCAAGCAGCUUUGAGCUCCGGACAAACUACACGUUCGAGAAGCUCAACAGUUACUGGAACGGGGCGAGAUACAACCGAAGAUAUGGUAAGUCGUCAAUCGGCCAUGACUCAAGAUGUAGUUGCUAAAGCUUUAUCACAGUUUACCUUCCUGAGAAAUGUUCGAGGCCCUUCUCCCAGUGUUCAAAGCCCGCCAAACGCUUCUGUACCAACCGCAGGCAGGCGAUACGUCGUGUCAGGCGAAGAUUUACGUUCUCGUCCUCUACCGCGACCACCUCAAAUACAGGAGGAAGAUGAAUGCCCUAUUUGUCACCAUGAACUGCCUUCUACCUCCCUCGCUAAUUCUGAAACUCUCCGAUCUGAACAUAUAAUUUCUUGUAUUAAUCGCGCCACAUCUAGACUCUCUACUGGUACUCCGAGUUCAACACCUACUCCACCAAUCCCAUCAACUACACGUCCGGCGCUACCCAUCACCCAAACAUCAGCGCAAUCGAGCUCCUCUCGCGUCUCUGCCUCUUCCACAUCAGCUUUACCUCAUCCUCUUGUAUCAACUCCAUCGAGCGGUCCCUCUCAACCUCGACGCACAGGAGUAUUUCCAUAUGUUGCCACGGAAAAAGAUUGCCAAGACGAUGCCGAAUGCCAAAUAUGUCUGGAAGAAUACGAACCGGGGGUCGAAAUGGGACGUUUGGAAUGCUUUUGUAGAUUUCAUUUAAGUUGUAUAAGAAAGUGGUUUGAGAAACACCCAGGAAGAUGUCCGAUGCAUCAGCAUGAUGAGUAUGGAUAUUGAGGAGAUUUUCAGGUGCAAUUUUUUUCUCUCUGUGGAGAUUCUAGCAAAGCUGUUGAGCGGACCAAAUGCUGAGAUCUAAGAUGGAGUCCAAGAUUAUGCUAUGAUAGGAAAGGAAAGGGAGGUCAGGGUGAUAACUCUACUCAUAUUACUCAUAUUACUCAUAUUACCCAUGAGACAUUCGAGAGAUGCAAGUCCUCUCUCUAAAGGUGUUAAGAUAUUUAUUUCAUAAGAUAUUAUAUUAUCUAUCAUAUAGCAAGCAUAGCAAGCAUAGCAUGCAUAACCAGAAUCUAACAUGGAUGGUAUUCAUUCAUUGCAUUGACGAAACGAUUUUUAUAUAUAUUGGGAAGGGUAAGGUGUUUAUAGGAUGGCAUGGAUAGGGAUAUGGACAGGGAUAUGGAUAAGGCUAGGGAUACCAAUACUGACGGGUACAGACAGUAUCAUUCAUGAUCGGUCUUGUUGUAUUUCACAUGGUGUAGAUACCUAUCUAGUAUAGCCUAGUAUAGUGGAUAUAUAGAGGAGAGAAAA